AUGGCUAAGCAAGGUGGCCAAUCAGAAUUCAGGGGUAUGGGUGCCCUCCCUCCUGCCACCCCUGUGACCACACCUCGGGUUGUUAGGGUCUCGGAUGUGCAGGAAAACUGGAGGAACACAACCAGCGAUUCGGUCAGCUCCCACCAGAACCAGGCACACAUGUUUCUGAUCAGGUCCAAUGGCCCGACAGCAUUUUUACUCAGAGAGCACAGAGAGUCCCGGGAGUUAGCUGGAAGCGUCUGCCGGAAAGUGCUCCAAGCCCAGGAUGUGUGUCCCAUCUGCCAGGAGGAUCUGCCAGAAAAACUGCCUGUGUCUUACUGCAGGUUCGGCUGUGGUACAAGUGUCCACAUCUCCUGGAUGAAGGUGAGGGCAGAGCACCAGACUGUGUCAGAGCAGCAGAAGAUGGUGAGGUGCCCUCUGUGCAGGGAGGACUUUAGCUCUGUAUAGUUGCUCCAGGAGCAGGUGAAGAACUCUGCGAAGCUCUUCACUGCUGCCGAAAGAGAAAAACUCAACAAACACAUGGCAGCUGUUUGCCACAGCUGCUGGGUCUGCCCAACCUCUUGUACCUGUUUCAGGUAAGACCCCAGGAAACCCCGUUUGUUGUAGAUGUUGCUACACAGAACACAUGCAGCGGCUGUGGUAGAGUGGUUAGGGGAGUCAUCCCGUAACUGGUAGAUUGCCGGUUUGAUCCCCCAUUCCAGCUGUCUCAGUUGUUGUGUUUUUGGGCAAGAAAUUUCACCCGCAUUGCCUACUGAUGGUGGUCAGAGGGUCCAAUGCCAUUGAUGCAUGGCAGCCCCACCUCAGUCAGUCUGCGGCUACAAUGUAGCUUACCACCAUCAGUGUGUGAAUCUCCUGUGAUAGCCAUUUGGAGCUGUCUAAAUGCUUGCUGGUUCAAAGCACCACUUAUUGUAGUUACGUAUCUCUUUCCUGGAGCUCAGAUUGCAGCCGAGCUCCUGCCCCAAAGAGCACACCUCCCCCGAAGCAUUGUUGUGAAAACGUGCUGAAGUGGGAG